ACAGCAGUGAAAAGAAUCCAGCAAAGAACAGGUAUGUCAUUGUUCCUUCUUUUCAGAGUCCUUGUGGCCUGGAAUAUGCUGAAGUAACCUGUUUAAGAUGGAGACAUCUCAAAAUGUACCAAAGGUAAAAGUUUUGCCCACUACAAAUAAGUCAGAAAAUUCCCUUCAACCGUUAAGGCCUGAAGUUACAGUAAACCAAAUAUUUCAUGCUAAUCCACGCCAUGGUAGAUUCUUACCAUCCUGUUGCACGGAUGCAGAAUAUUUCUGCCACAAAACAUCACGUAAAGUUGGACAAGUGAACCAACAGUUUAGGAGUCAGCCAGCUUGUGAUGGGCGGCAUUUUGAGCUGACAGAACACAGAGAGCCAGAAGAUAGAGGAGCCUCUCCCGCCAGGAUGAAUCUCCAUCAUGGACCUCAUCCUGCAGAGACCAGGGAGGGUGACACCAGAGGAGAGUGCUGCUGUUGGGUCUGUGAACCUAACCGGUGUGGAACAACAGAGCCUGCAAACAGAGACACAACUAGGGGUGAAAACGAUUCUCAGCUUCAGAGUGAUGAGGAGGAUCUUGAGCCUCCCUUGCCGCUAAGAUCUGAUGAUGAGUGGCCACACUACAGACCCCUUCCACCUCCUCACCACUACAUGCACAACUACUACCUUUAUCAUACAAUGGAUGUCAGGUAUUAUCACUCUGCAGGGCAAGGGCUGUGUAACCUCAAUCCCAUCAACACCCUCCCUCCUCAGUCAUAUCACCACUCUGCUCCCUGCCAGUACAGAGGACCCUGGGAUGACUCCCAAAACUGGCUCCAGUGCCACGGUAACUUUAUGAAUGACAGCAUGGCUCAGGGAAGUGUCUCAGUUAACAUGCCUCAGUUCUCCGUGCCCCCUGUGGAGGACGUGUCACAGGUCAGUGUGAUGAACCUGAGCUCUGCAAGAGCAGAGGGGUCUGUCUCACAUCCACGUGAGAAAAGAAGAACCAUCAGUCUGCCUGAUGAGUGCCGAAACGUUUUUAUAACUUAUUCUUCAGACAUUUCUUCAGAGAUAGUUCCCUUUGUAGACUUUCUCACAAAGCAAGGUUUUCGACCAGCUAUUGACGUAUUUGAUAACCCCAUCAGACGCAUGGAUAUCAACAAGUGGAAGGACGGUUGCCUGAAAGAUCAAUCAGCCCUGAUUGUCAUCGCCAUUAGUCCAAAGUACAAGGCAGACAUUGAAGGAUGUGUAGUGGAUAGCCAUGAUCUACACACUAAAUAUAUUCACUCCAUGAUGCAGAAUGAAUUCAUCCAGCAAGGCAGCUUGAAUUUUAGAUUCAUACCGCUUCUCUUCUUUAAUGCAUCCCAGAAACACGUCCCAAGUUGGCUUCAGAACACACGUGUUUACCGCUGGCCGCAGGACGCUGAGGAUGUGUUACUGCGGCUACUCAGGGAGGAGAGAUACGUUCCUCCUUCUGUUCCUCGGGAGCUCUCCCUCAUCAUCAGGCCUGUGGCCCCCAGUGCUGCAGCUACACUGUAAAGACACACAGUGUUUAUGCAUUUCUUUGCAUUUGUUUGUUUUUGGCUUUUUUGGCGUUUAUUAGGAGUAUUGUGCAGCUUGUGUGUUUUAAAAUAUCUGAAUUGAUCCAGUGGUGAAGUGAAUAACAGCUUGUAUUGUAUGAUAUAAAUGUUGUUUUCCAGAUGUUUCAAUAAAGUUUAACACAACAUGAACAUGAA